CGCCACGAUGCUGCUGCUGUGGACAUUGUCACUGCUGCUGGGAGCAGUAGUAGGAAGAGAAGUCUGCUACGACAGACUGGGCUGCUUCAGUGACGAUGCUCCAUAUGGAGGCACUGUGGAAAGACCCCUGAAAAUGCUGCCCUGGUCUCCAAAAGUGAUCAACACCCGCUUCCUCCUGUAUACUAAUGAGAAUCCAAACAAGUAUCAAGAUGUCAAUGCAGAUGUAUCAAGCAUCAGGAACUCCAAUUUCAAGACAAAUAGAAAAACUCGCUUUAUUGUUCAUGGAUUCACAGACAAAGGGGAAGAAAACUGGCUGGCUGAUAUGUGCAAGAACAUGUUACAGGUAGAAAGUGUCAACUGCAUCUGUGUGGACUGGAAAGGAGGCUCCCGCACUGGAUACACCCAGGCCACCCAGAACACACGGGUUGUGGGUGCAGAAAUAGCAUAUUUCGUGGAUAUCCUUAAGUCUCAAUUUGGAUACUCACCUUCCAAUGUCCACGUCAUUGGCCACAGCCUGGGCUCCCAUAUUGCUGGGGAAGCUGGAAGAAGGACCAAUGGAGCCAUUGGAAGAAUCACAGGUUUGGAUCCUGCUGAACCUUACUUUCAGAACACACCAGAAAUCGUUCGAUUGGACCCCAGUGAUGCCCAGUUUGUGGAUGCCAUUCAUACAGAUUCCGCCCCCAUGAUUCCCAACAUGGGAUUGGGAAUGAGCCAAACCGUGGGCCACCUAGACUUCUUCCCAAACGGUGGGAAAGAAAUGCCUGGAUGUCAGAAGAACCCUCUCUCUCAGAUUGUUGACAUUGACGGCAUCUGGGAAGGAAGUCGUGACUUCGUGGCCUGUAAUCAUUUAAGAAGCUACAAGUAUUAUUCUGACAGCAUCCUCAACCCUACUGGCUUUGCUGGAUUCUCUUGUUCCUCUUACAGUGAUUUCACUGCAAACAGGUGCUUCCCCUGUGCCAGUGGAGGCUGCCCACAGAUGGGUCAUUAUGCUGACAGAUUUUCUGGGAAAACAAAUGGAGUAUAUCAGAAAUUUUACCUAAACACUGGUGAUAAGAGUAAUUUUGCUCGUUGGAGAUAUCAGGUAGCUGUCACACUGUCUGGAAAGAAGGUUACAGGACACAUCCUGGUUUCUUUGUUUGGAAAUGGAGGAACUUCUAAGCAGUAUGAAAUUUUCAGAGGCUCUCUUCAACCUGGGAAGACUCAAACCAAUGAGGUCGACUCUGAUGUGGAUGUUGGAGACCUGCAGAAGGUUAAAUUUCUUUGGUAUAACAAUGUGAUCAACCCAUCUCUGCCCAGAGUGGGAGCAUCAAGGAUCACAGUGGAAAGAAAUGAUGGAAGAGUAUUCAACUUCUGUAGCCAAGAUACCGUGAGGGAGGACGUUCUGCUUACCCUCAACCCCUGUUAGGAGCCUGUUGAUACACGGCCACUGUGUCUUACGGCUAAUAAAACCACAAGUGAAUCAAUA